ACGUGACCGCUCUAUGUACCAUAGACAGUAAUCCUUCAUCGACUUCUUUGGUUUAUAGCCACGAGGUUUUUAGCAAUAUUUCUAUUUUAUAGUGAAAUAAUAAAAAGAUACUUCAUUUUCUUGGAACAAAAUGCCACCCAGUAAUCCUUUGCCACCUAAAGAAAAUGCCCUUUUCAAAAGAAUUUUGCGUUGUUACGAACAUAAACAAUACAAAAAUGGACUUAAAUUUGCAAAACAAAUAUUGUCUAACCCUAAAUUUGCCGAGCAUGGUGAAACAUUGGCUAUGAAAGGACUUACACUGAAUUGUUUGGGACGUAAAGAUGAAGCAUAUGAGUAUGUACGUCGUGGCCUCCGUAACGACUUGAAGUCCCCAGUUUGUUGGCACGUAUAUGGUCUUCUACAGCGGUCCGACAAGAAAUAUGAUGAGGCCAUUAAAUGCUACCGCAAUGCUCUCAAGUGGGAGAAGGAAAAUAUACAAAUUUUGAGAGACUUAUCUUUGCUCCAAAUUCAGAUGAGAGACUUGGAAGGAUAUAAAGAUACCCGUUACCAACUGUUUAUGUUAAGGCCGACACAAAGAGCGUCAUGGAUCGGUUUCGCCAUGAGUUACCACCUCUUAGGGGACUUUGAAAUGGCCAAUAGUAUUCUAGAUACUUUCCGUUUGAAUCAAAUGAAGGGACCGUAUGAUUAUGAGCAUUCAGAGUUGUUGUUGUAUCAGAAUAUGGUUUUGGCGGAGUCUGGACAGUAUGAAAGGGCUUUACAGCACUUACAGAAAUUCCAGUCUCAGAUUUUGGAUAAGUUGUCGGUAAAGGAAACUUCGGGUGAAUAUUUAUUGAAAUUAAAGAGGUACAAAGAAGCGGAGACAGUGUAUGAAGACUUGUUAAAACGAAACCCUGAAAAUGUGAUGUAUUAUCAAAAACUAGUAGAAGCUAAACAACUAAGUACUCCAGAAGAUAAAGUGGCCUUUUAUGAUGUAUAUAAGAAAGAAUACCCAAGAGCAAUAGCGCCGCGGCGUUUACAGCUGACAGAUGCAACGCCUCUCUCGUUCCCGAGUCUCGUCGACCAAUAUCUUCGGCACGGGCUACAUAAAGGCAUCCCGCCGCUGUUCGUCGACCUUAGAUCAUUAUAUGAAGACCAAAGCAAAGCAGAAACGAUAGAGAAACUAAUUGUACAAUACAUAGAAAACUUAACUAGUACUGGUACGUUCAGUGAUGGACCAGAUGAAGAAAAGCAACCAGCUAGCGCGUUAUUAUGGGCGUAUUAUUAUGCCGCUCAACACUUUGACCAUAAAAACGAUACGGAUAAAGCACUGCAUUAUAUUACUGCGGCGAUCGACCACACGCCUACGCUUAUAGAACUAUUUAUAGUUAAGGGAAAGAUUUACAAGCACGCAGGAGACCCAGUGUCAGCGUAUCAAUGGCUAGAAGAAGCGCAAGCGAUGGACACAGCAGAUCGUUACGUGAACAGCAAAUGUUCGAGGUAUAUGUUACGUGCUGGACACGUUAAACGGGCAGAAGAAAUGUGCGCCAAGUUCACGAGAGAAGGUGUCCCCGCGACAGAGAAUCUUAAUGAAAUGCAGUGCAUGUGGUUCCAAACAGAAGCCGCUGCGGCCUAUCAGCGCUUAGAACAAUGGGGAGAGGCACUGAAAAAAGCGCACGAAGUCGAUAGGCAUUUCUCAGAAAUAAUGGAGGACCAAUUCGACUUCCACUCGUACUGCAUGCGCAAAAUGACCCUCCGUUCGUACGUGGGUCUUCUCCGACUAGAAGACGUCCUUCGCGCCCAUCCGUUCUACUUCCGAGCGUCGCGCGUGGCCGUGCAAGUGUACCUGAGGUUGCACGCGAAACCCCUGCAGGACGCGCCGCAGACAACGGAACCCGAUACAGAAAACCUGGCGCCGUCAGAAUUGAAGAAACUUAGAAACAAACAGAGGAAAGCGAAACGCAAAGCUGAACAAGAGAGCGCGUUGCAGGCACAAGUCCAGGUGAAAAGAGAGCAGCAUCACAAAGCUCGUCAGCAGCAGGAGCAAGGUGAUCCUGAAGCACCCCAACUGGACGAACUCAUCCCCGAUAAACUUGCCAGGGUGGAGGACCCGUUAGAGCAAGCACUGAAGUUCCUACAGCCCUUGCGGAUGCUCGCCUCCGACAGGUCGGAAACACAUCUAAUGGCCUUCGAAAUUUACUUUAGGAAAGAGCGUCCUCUGCUAAUGCUGCAAAGCAUAAAACGGGCGUGGAAGCUGGACAGCUCGCAUCCUCAACUCCACGACUGCCUACUGCGCUUCAUGCGGUGGCUAGCUGACGCCAUGUCCACUCUUGCGCCGCAGGUCCAGCAGGUCAUAAAGCAGCAGAUGGAACCGAUGGUAGGCGGUCGCACGGAGCUGCAAAUCGCGGAAGAGUACCUGGCCGGGCCGGCGUCGCGCAGCCAGUCGGCGGCGCUGUGGGGUGCGCGCGCGCUGGCGCGGCUCGUGCCCUCGCGCACCGCCGACGCGCGCGCGAUAGCCACGUCUCUCGACUUCCCCGAUCUCACUAUACAGGGUUGCGCAGAUGUACUAGAAAGUCUUCGAGAAGGUGACUUCGGUCCAUGUGAGAAAGAGACGGAAGCAUACGUCGAAGCGUGUCGCGCUAAAUAUUCGUACGCGAAUGCGUUCAAGCCGCCUGCGCCCGAGCAGCCGGAGGUGACGGAGAACCACGUGACAGAGGAACCCGCGCCGCUACAGCCAAAGGAAAUCGCCGUUAAUAAUUGAAAUUCACUGGUUGGAUGGUAGCAUUGCAUUGCAAGCGCGUUGGUUUGAAAAGUAUUCGUUAUACAAACGAUUGUAAAGCAAUAAAUUCUGAUAAUUUUUUUAGAGUUCCUUAAUCAUCGUGUCUGGAGUUCAGACAAAUAAUUAUAUUUGUGUAAAUUUGAUACUAAUCAAUCAAAGGGCAUUAAAGCCUCUUUUUAAUCGAGCUCUUUGGACUACGCGUGUGUAAAUACAGAUUUGAGCUUACAUUUUCACGUGUGACGCUAUAUGUUUAGCACGCGUGCUCAAAAUACGUUACGUUAUGUUAAAGUCAAUAAAUUACACCAAAGAUUCUGAGAGGAUGUACUACAACAGGGCAUUAUUGUUCACUUUGGGGCUAAUGUAAUCUCGUUCGCUAGAGGGCAUGGUGAGAUAUGUGUGGCCUGGUGCAAGUGCCUAUAGUCUGCCUUUUUUGAAAAUGGAGUAAAAUAACAGUUCAUUUCGCAAGUGUUGCCCGCUUGCGAGCUGCUAGUGAUUGCAGUUGAUAAAAUAUCCUGUCGUCUAUCGAUUGAAUGUUGGUAACGCUUAUGAAAUAAAUAGCCCAAAAUUUGUUUCAUUUGAAUCAUCAUCGACCAAUUAUUCGUCCAACUGCUGGGCACAGGUUCAUUUGAAUUGUUAAU